UUGUUACGAUAAGUCUCUCGUGCGGUUUCCUGUCACACACAGUGAUAAGGAUGACAGCAAGCCAAGUGGACGUGGUCGUAAUUGGAGCAGGCCUCAGCGGUUUGGCUGCGGCAAAACUGCUGGAUGAGACAGGUUUCAGUGUUCUUGUGUUGGAAGCCAGAGAUCGAGUCGGGGGACGCACGUUCACUGAACAUAAUGACAAAGUGAAUUAUGUGGAUCUAGGAGGGUCGUAUGUAGGACCUACCCAAAACCGGUUGUUGCGAUUGGCUGAUGAAUUUAAGGUGGAUACCUAUUUAACCAAUGAGAAGGAAGACUUGGUGUACUAUUCAAAUGGGAAGUCCAAGCGAUUUCGCGAAGCCUUUCCGCCAAUGGGCAGCUUUCUGGCCAACCUAGACAUGAAUAAUAUAUUUAGGAAGAUGGACAAGAUGGGAGAAGAGAUUCCAGCUGAUGCUCCCUGGAAGGCGCCACAUGCUGAAGAAUGGGACAACAUGACAAUGCAGCAGUUCCUCGACAAAAACGUCUGGACAAAGGAUGUCAUGACUUUUGCCACAAAGUUCGUCAAUGUGAAUGUGACCUCUGAACCCUAUGAGUGUUCUUUACUCUGGUUUCUUUGGUAUGUGAAACAGUGCGGAGGAUUGGAUCGAAUAUUUUCAACAACGAAUGGAGGCCAGGAAAGGAAAUUUAUCGGUGGAUCCCAGCAAAUCAGUGUACGUAUUGCGGAGAAACUUGGAAAAGAUAAAGUAUUACUGAACCACCCUGUUUGUAGCAUAUCCCAGGAUACAAAUGGAGUGAAGGUCACUGAUAUCCAUGGUAACCAUUAUCAGGGAAAAUAUGUGAUAGUAGCCACACCUCUUCCUCUCCAAAAUAGGAUUACGUAUGAGCCGCCUCUACCCUGUCUACGUAAUCAGCUCAUACAGAGGGUCCCAAUGGGAUCUGUCAUCAAAACAUUUCUCUAUUACAAAACUCCCUUCUGGAGAGAAAAGGGGUUUUGUGGGUCGGCAGCCAUAGACGACGAUGGAGCCAUUAUUGGUUUUACUUUGGAUGACGUUAAACCGGACAACAAGGGCUUACCUGGACUUAUGGGAUUCAUUUUAGCCGACAAAGCCAGAACGUUAUGUAAACUGACUAAAGAUGAAAGAAAACAACGAAUUAGUGAACUCUAUUCUAAUGUCUUCCAAUCACAAGAGGCCUUGCAUCCAGUGCAUUAUGAGGAGAAGAACUGGAUGGAAGAACAGUGGUCUGGGGGAUGCUACACCGUUAUGCUGCCACCAGGUUUCCUCACCAAGUUUGGCAGGGAGUUAAGACGGCCAGUGGGUAAAUUAUAUUUUGCUGGGACAGAGACUGCCACCCAAUGGUCAGGUUAUAUGGAAGGAGCAAUACAAGCAGGAGAGCGUGCGGCAAGGGAGAUACUCUUUGCCGAGGAACGGAUUUGUCAGAGUAAAAUAUGGCAGGAAGAACCUGAAAACCAGCAUGUUAAGAGCCGGCCAUUCAAGUCAACGUUCUGGGAGAGACACGCUCCAUCGGUGCCAACUUUCCUGUCUUCUUUGGGGUUGUCUUCUGCACUAGCAGCUGCCACUGGCGUCCUCUUUUAUCUGAAGAAAAAAUAAAAUUUACUAUAUUUAAAUAUGUUUAUAAGACACCUCUUAGGAAAUGUAUUUUUGAUAAAGGACAUAUAACAUAUUAAUUUUGUACUGAAAUUAAUGUUAAACUUACUAAGUUACAUUGGUAUAUCACUGAAAACAAUUUGGUUGUAAAAAAAAACAUAUUUUGUCUCAUCUGACUGAAAGGUGAUUAUUUUUAAUAUAAAACAGUGAAAUAUCCCGUUAUCUCCAUCACCAGCUUUUGAUGUUUAUUUUUACAAUUGCUCCAAGUGAGAAGAAACAUUCUAGUUCACCUCAAAUAUCAACAACAACACGUCUGCAAAAGUCCUGAUAUUCUUAUAAUCUCUUUUGUAAAACGGAAAAAUACAAAAAAGAAGCACGGAGUCAGUAUUGGAUGUGCAUGCACGUAAAUUAGCUCAUCACUGAGGUUUCUUUUGUUCAAUAUGGCAGAUACAAUUUUAAUUUAGUUUGAAAAUUAUACAAAAUGACUGUUUAGACAUAUAAGUUGUUUUUUUAAUUUUAUCAAAUGUUAUAACAAUUAUAUAACACGAAAUAAAAUCGUUUAUAAAUAUGUUAUUGUCUAAGUUAUUAUCCAGUCAUGUAUUAAAACAGAUAUAUGCUAUUU